AUGGGCUGGGUAUUGUCGAACUCACCUCGUCCAUUAUGUAAUCGUUCUCCACCUGACUGUGCCACCACCCAGCAUCGGGCUGGCUCAAUGCGCACGGGACUUCCAUGGUUGCGCGGAGACCAUUUUGACUACGUUCCACCAACAAUGAUGCAAUUUCGCUAUUAUUGUUUAUUAAGUAGUUCCUUUUUAGCUGAGGAUAUUCGUUCACAAUGGAAGAAUCUCAAAGAUACGUUCGUGCGCAAAUUACGAUGGGUAUCAGAGGGAAAGUACACUGACGAUCCACUCAAGGAGCCAACUUGGAAGUUUUAUCGCAUGCUGUCGUUCUUGGAUGAUAAAGAGUCGAAACGACUUUCCAACGACCAUCCUAUAUUUGACAUAGCGGCGCUUCAACGAGAUCAUGGUUCUUUCCAGUCGUAUUCAACAACGGAAAAGCCACCGACGCAGCUGGACUCACCGCCGUCACCGACAUUACCGCCAGUUUCUAGUGCUGACAAUGCUGUUGCAGACAAUAUCGUAACGAAAAAUAAUGCUGCAUAUUCCCAUUCCAUGGAUGAAGAAGAGGAACCAAGGCGAAAAAGGCCGUACCACCGUCGACAUACAAUAACCUCACAACCUCAACAGGACGAGUUCGAGUUGUUUGGUGCAAUUAUUGCAGCUCAGUUACGAAGGGUGUCGGACGAGUUUUCACGUGCCGCCUCUCUACGACUUCAAAAGAAACUGAACGAUGUGAUAUUUGAAUCACAAAUGGAGCUGCUUGAAAGUGGGAACUAG